ACAUGCGUUUUUGACACCUGCACGCAGAUUACGUUCAUUUGCACAAAGUGGCACGCACAUUUAUACGUUUUACAAUCAAAAUCACUUGCAUCAAAAUUUUAUACUUUCAAUACGUUUUAAAAAUUCUCUUCAACUUACAGCCGUAAGUAUUCAUUUACAUCAUACGAUCAAUUUCGGUAUAUCGGAAUUUCACUAGCAAUGCCUUCGACUGUGGCAAAUCCGAAACCAUCUUCGACUUCCAGAGGUUCAAAACCAUCUCCUAAAGACCCAAAAGCAACAGUAUCAAAAGUAGUAACAUCACCGCCCAAAGAUGAUACCGCUCCGAAAGGAGUUAGUAGUGCUUUUCUUCAGAAUUUUCUGAGCAAAACUUUAACUGAUAAAUGUUUGACGACAUCCGAAGCUUUGACUAAAAAUAUUUUACCGGAGACCAAAAAACAACAAUGUGCUUACGUUACUUUGUACGCGAAGAGUAAAAAUUCGGCCGGAGUUCCAUUUGUAUCGACUGCCAAUGUGUUCGUGAGUCAUGCGUGGAAGUAUAAACUGGCAGAUCUCAUCCAGACAUGUCUGGACUAUGCAGAGAAAUCGAAGGAGGGGAACAAGAUGUUUUUCUGGAUUGACUUAUUCACAAAUAAUCAGAACACAGCCACCUCUAAGGACCAGAGUUGGUGGAGUGACAACUUCCGAAGCAUCAUCGGACUCAUAGGCACCACCCUCCUCGUCCUCUCCCCCUGGAACAACCCCAUCCCCCUCACGCGUGCAUGGUGUCUCUGGGAAAUACUAUGUACUGUGCAGGAGAAGGCAAAGUUAGUGGUGGCUCUGCCGGCUGACCAGAAUAAAUUGUUCAACGAAGCCAUCAAACAGGACUUCACAGCUAUUCUCACAGAAUUCAGCAACAUACAGAGCAAAAAAGCGGAGGCUAGUCGCGUGGAGGACAAAGAGAUGAUCUUCGGCCAGAUCCAGGCCACCCACUCCUUCCACCAGCUGGACUCUUUAGUCAAAGACCAACUCAGACAGUGGUUGUUCACAACGGCAGAACACAUCAUCCAACAGUCAUCCUCACAGACAGACCAAACUCUGGAGACAGGGAAGUUACUCAUCCAGAUCGCCUCCUGGUACUCCCAGUUGGGCAAGUUAGAAGAGGCUGAACAGGUGUUCUCCAGAGCUGAAAAGAUAUUCACUUCAUUCCCAGCUGAGGAAAAACAGCAGCUGGCAAUGGCUAGUCUGCAUAACAACAGGGGGUACAUGUACAGCGAGAGGGGAAAACACGACGAGGCCUUGAAGAAUUUCCAAGAAGCCGUCAAAUUGAGAAUGAAACACGAGAAAGACAGCUUAGAAAUAGCAUCUCUUUACAAUAACAUCGGGUCCAUAUAUGGAAAUGUUGGGAACUACGACAAAGCGUUCGAAUAUUACGAAAAAGACAUGAAAAUCAAAGAAAAACUUAUCUCAAAUUCAUCGUCAUCCUUUGAAAAAUAUUCAUUAGCUACGAGUUUGAAUAAUUUAUCCAUGCAUUAUUUGAAUUACAAAGAUGAUACUGUUAAAGCGAAAGAACUCGGCGAAAAGGCGCUCAAACUCGCGAUCGAAAGUUUUGGUGCAGAUCAUUAUGGACUUGACAAGUUCUACGAAUGCAUGGGAACUAUUUGUCUCUACAAUGGCGAGCUGGAAACAGCCGUUGAAACCCUGGAAAAGGCUGCCAAAAUUAGCAGGGUCAAUUUAGGAGCAAAUCACGUGAAUGUGGGCAAUAUCAAGACGACUUUGGGUCUGGCGUAUAAGAAGUUGGGCAAAAUUGAGUUAGCCAUUGAGUGCUACAAGGAAUCGGAGCGUGUGCUGUGUGUGAGUUAUGGGGCGGAAAACGAAGCAUUGAGCAACUUGUACCACAACACGGCUAGUCUAUUGGCAGAGAAGGGAGACUUCAAAGGUAGCAUCGAGUAUAGACUGAAGGAUCUUAAAAUCUGCGAGGCCAAGAAGGGUACAAGUGGUCUGUCGGACAAGAACCUCUUCUGCUGUUUGAACAGUCUGGCAGUGUGCUACUUCCAGAACAGUCAAGUGAAAGAGGCUGUAGAGUGUUACAAUAAGUCGAUAAAAAUAGCGAAGAAUCUGUUUGGAGAAGACAGCGAGGAGUUCACGCAAACAAAAGACGACUUAGAAAUCGCACAAUCUUAUUUGACAACAUAGUUAUUAGAUUUUUAGACGUUAGGUUUUAGCGCAUUUGUCAAAUAACAUCGGUAUGUUUUGCUGUUAUAAAAAUUUUAUUUCAAAGUAUAUUAAUUUCACUUUAUUU